AUGGCUCAGGAAUCGCUCAACUGGAGAGUAUCAACAUGUGACCAAGUUUGUAAAGAUACUCAAGCUCUGGCCAAGUUGACUACGUUCCUCCAGCUCUUUGACUACAUUCCGCGUGGAUUAACACCCGGAGUGGACGAGCUCACAUCAGCAUUGACCGAAUAUCAAAGAGUGGCUAAUCUGCGCAAAACUGGGGUCUUUGAUAAAGAGACGGCGGCGGAUAUGGAAGAACCUCGAUGUGGCGUGCCUGACGGCCUUGGUCUCAGGAACUUCACUAUUGCAAGUACUAGAUGGAACGAAUUUAACCUAAAAUAUCGAUUCGAUACUUUUUGUGAGGAGCUCAGUGAACAACAAGUUAAGACGACAAUAUCGGGUGCGUUCGGUAAAUGGAGUGCCAUCUCACGAUUCACAUUUACGGAGGUAGGCCGUGAGCAGGAUGCUCAUAUUCGCAUUGGCUGGUACAGGAAGGAUCAUCAGGAUGGCAGUCCUUUUGAUGGGAUUGGCACUACUAUUUCUAACGUCGUCGCGCAUGCAUUUUACCCACCUCCUAACGCAGGUGGCUUGGCCGGGGAUGUGCACUUUGACGAAGACGAGAAUUGGACAGUCGAUCUGCUUACGCAUGUCGCACUUCAUGAGAUUGGUCACUCAGUGGGUUUGAUGCAUUCGACAACCGAAACUUCGGUUAUGUGGAAAAAUGUUAACAUCAAUGUCACGGAGCUCACCACCGAUGACAUGGAUGGCAUUUAUGAAAUCUACGGGCCAUUUGGUCGUCCCACAGUUCUUAGGCGUAACCUUGGCUCGCGCAUAAAUACAAAAAAUGAAACCAUGACUGAGGGCGACUUCCUACAGUCCAACAAUGGCCUGUACCGCUUCAUUUGCCAAGGUGAUGGUAAUGUCGUGCUUUAUGGACCAGGAAAUAAUGUGGUGUGGAAAAGCUCGACAGAUGGAAUGGGAAGGCCUCCGUUCCGCAUCGUCGCUCAAGAUGACCGCAAUAUUGUCCAGUACGAUCGUGACAAUCAGGCCCUUUGGAGAACUGGUACGAGCCUACCGGGUCACAGUCACACAGACUGCUUCUUCAUUUUGCAGGAUGAUCGCAAUCUUGUUCUGUACCAGCCAGGAAACCCGAUAAUUGCGGUGUGGCAUACACAUACAAAUGUUUAA